AUGCUCUUCACCACCUACGUCUUUCUCAGCCCCAUUGGCCUUACUUCCACCCUCGCCUCCCCGGGCCCUCUAGCUGCUCGACAAGACGACGACCCUGCGUCUCACCCUCCUUCUGCCCAGGUCAUCAAGCCCGAGGACAAGGACAUGGAGUGGUUCAAGGCCGCGUACCCACAUUCUUUGUCUCAUUCAAAGCUCAGUUUCGAAGACCUUUGCCCCCCCCGAUUCAACAAAGACAGCGAGGAGACAGACAAGCCUAUUUGGGUCCGUACCGCAUUUUUCGCCGACUCCGUGCCCUCUGAAAAGAAGAGGUACGACCCCGAAGGCAUGUCUUUUUGGCUCUAA